AUGAUUGCCUUCUUGAGUGGAUUAAUUUUGAUGGUCAUUCAAGUGAUGGCUAAAAAAUAGAAGGAUUUCUUAUUCGAUUUAAAGGAGAGUAAGUCAAUAUAAGUAGACCUCUCCACCUCUAAAUCAGAUAAGGAUUAUUUGAUAUUGUUUGUUCGUCCAUAAGAAGAUGAAAAGGAUGUUGAUUUGGGUGAAAUUUAAUUUAAAAGUGCUGAUGAAACAUACAAAUUAGAGGACUUUUAUGAAAAUGCCAUAUUUAAAUCGAAAUCAAGUGAGAUCAAUUUAAAAUGUAUCACAUCUCCAUGUAAAGGCAGAAUCACUUUGGUGAAUAGUGAUGUCUUAGAAUUGACAACUUCAACAUAAGAAUUGAGUUUGACACAAAAAUAACCAGCUUAGAUUGUCUAAUUAAUGCUUCCUAGCUAGUAUGAUAGAUUAGUGGGAGAAUUUAAAUUAUUGGAUGAUGAAUCAGAUAAGAUAAAAAUAGAGGUGUUUGAUGAAAGAGCAAGGUUAUAUGGAGACAAAGUUUAAAUAUCGGUUGCAUUAAGUAGCAAGGAUUGUGAAAAAUGCAAAGUAUUGGUUGUGUUGAGUGGAGAUUUGAAUUUUAAAGAAGAGACGACAAUUAGCAGCUAAUUGCAUUUAUAUCGAGAUCUAUAGGAUAUAGAGAUCAAUGAAGAUGUGCAAGAUUACCUUUUUGAGAGGAAUGAAAAUCAAUAUAGAGUCAAAUUACCACAAUCAUACAAUAUAAUAUAAAUUGGUAUUCUUGGUGAUUUAUUACCUGUGAUUAGAGUAACUAAUAACCAGGACUCUGAGAUAUUCAAUUCUUAAGAUCCCAUCUAAAUUUCAUAAAAAGGACAAGCCUAUCAUAUCCAUUUAAGAAAGGCAGAAGUCAAUAACAAUAAUGAAAUAAUUAUUAGAGUAAAUAAAGGAGGACCUUUAAAAUAUUCAUUAGUAGUUAAAAUUUUAGAUGAACCGAUAUUAUAUAAUAAUUAAAUCAUAUUAGCAACUAUUUCAGAUAAAGGAUCCCAUAUAUAUUCAUUUAAGACAAGUUAUAGUGAUUAGGAGAUUGGAGUUCAUUUAAAGUAUUAUCAAAAAGGAAUGAACUCUCUAAAAAUAGGAGAAUGCGAUGGAACUUGUACUACAAAUACUGAAGAUACACACAACAUAAGAUUCCGUUAACAUGAAUAAAACCCAUCAGCCUAUGUGAGUCCAGAAUGUUCUAGCAAGGAUUAAGAGGGAUUUUGUAGAUUCCAAAUCUAGAUUAUCAGUGAAAUGAAAAAUACUUACCUUCUAAAUACAGUAAAUGAAAUAAAUCGUAAAAUCAUCAAAUCAGAUAUACCUUAUUAAAACUAUUUAGAGAAAUAAUAGUAGGAAAAUCUGAUUGUUAAAUAUUAGCAUCAAGAUGAUGACGUGGAAUUAAUAUUUACAGUUAAUACUCAUAAUGUUGUAUACUUGAUAAGUAAAGACAGUAGUUGCUAUCCUGUUAGAUAAGAAUGUGCAAAAUAUAUUGGAGGAUCUGAUCAUUUAGUUAUACUCAGAGGAGAGUAAUUAAAGCAUACUUAAUUUUAUGUAACUCUGACUACCAGAGAAACUACAAUCUAUUAAUUCUAGUUAAAAGUUUUGAAAUAAUCAGAUAUAGACGUUAAAAUUUUAAAAGAAGAUGAAACGUAUCGUGGAGUAUUGUCAUUCAUUAAUGGACAACAAAAGAUUCAGUAUUUUAGAGUUGUCAUUUCCGAUUAGGUUGAUCAAAACAUUGAAAUUAUUCAAGAUAAGGAAACCUCACCAACUAUUGAAUUUGCCAUUCAUUCAUCACGAAUGUAGGUUGCUCUUCUUUUCAAUAAAGGCAAUCAACUGCCAAACUUAGAAAAUUAUAAUCUAAUUACUAAAACUAAUUAUCUAUCUAUUUCACCUGAUAAUUAAUAUUAUACAAAUUAGGGAAAUUAUACAAUAGGAAUUGCUAAUGCUUUUGACAAAGCUACAGAUAAAGAAAUAAUGUAUACUCUUACUUAUUCAACGAGUAGAACAGUUAAAACCUUGCACGUUGGUUAAUAAUUUGUGGAUAUGGCAUUUGGAAGGAAGAGUAAAUACUUUAGCUUUUAUUAUAGUAGGAACGCAUCAUCUUUUUAUGUUAGUUUGUAAGGUAAGGAUUCAUAAAAGCUGAUACUUAAAGUAUCUAAUGAUAUUUCAUAAAAUUCUUAAGAAGUGAAAUAUUUUAAAAAGGAGCAUUCAAGUACCUUGCUUUUGGAAUAAUUUGAAUUAAAUAAAUUAUGUUUAAAUGGUUUGACAGAAGAAUAAAAGGAGGAGGAAGAAGAUUCAAAUUAAUUGCUGUUUUGUUAAGCUUAUGUAAUAAUUGAGAACAAAGGUUAGGAGGAUAUUCUAUUUUAAUUGAACAUUUGGAACCCUGAUGCUAGAAUAGAAAUGAAAGACGGACAGCAAUAUUAAUUUAAUUUAGAGUAUUUAUCAAAAGAAACCUUUUUAUAUUAUAAAAUUAUCUCUAAUGAUACCGAUGUUUAAUUACAUAUUAAUUCACAUUAUGGUUAUACUAAAUAUGAGAUUGAAAUUAUUGAUACUUAGAAUUAAUAAGCAGUUUCUUUGUUUGCAAAAGAAGAGUACAAAACAUAGCAUUCCAAAAGCAUUUACAUGAGUGCAUUUGCAUUUUGUGGCAAAAAUUGCUUAUUAAAAAUUUCAUUAGUAGCAUAACAAUAAGAAUACAACAUUUCAUAAAUUAACAGAACCUUAGAUUUUGAUGAUUUGGUGUAUGUCACUGUGACACAAGAAUUUAUGGAUAUACAGACUGGCAUCCCAACUUAAAUUCAAGUUAAUUAGAAUUCUCCAAGAAAAUUCAUUUACAAUUAGAUAAAUGAUCUGUCAUAAGAAUCAAAAAUGAAAUUAGUGUUACAUGAAAUUUAUGGAAGAGGGACGAUUUGUUUAUCAUUUAAUGAUGAAGACUAAUAAAAUUUAGAGAAUUGUGAAUUUUAAGUAUUAGGAAAUGUAUUAGAACUAACAAAGCAGUAAAUAUAAUCGAAAUUGGAUGAAUUAAAACUAAAACAAAACCCUUACAUUGUAAUAACAGUAUUUUCAUUAGUGAGUACUAGCAAAUUGCAAUUAUCAAUAGAAAUAUUCGAUGACAAAAAUAAUCAUAAAUUGGUUUUAGGAAUUCCUACCAGGAUAAAAAUGAAUGCCUAAGAGGAAUCAUUUUAUUAAUACUUUAAUAUUCAAAGUAAUGAUGAUUUAUACUUCAAAUUCAUAAAAAUGCAAGGGCAAACCUAUAUUGAAGUAAGUAGAUGCCUAGAUGACUCAAAAAUAGCAUGUGAAUCAGAAGUAAUAAUAAAUGAAUAAUUUUUGACUGGCCAAUCUUAUAGUCAACACAUUAUCCAUAAAUCGGAUAUCAAAAGAUAUUGUGAACUAUGUACAUACGUAAUUAAAGUUAAAACCAUUGGCAAUUCUUUGGAUUUAUUAAUAGUAAUCACUUCAUAAUUAAACUUUGUGUAACUCCCUUAGAAUAUAGCAUUCACAGAUUUUUUAGAUGGACCAGAUGACUACAAUAUUUAUCAUUAUUCUUAUGAUACAGAUCAUCAAAUAGAAGUUCAAAUAAAUCAAUAUAAUGGAGACACUUAGAUGUGGAUUGGAUAUCAUGCAGAUCUUAAUAUAUCCAACUAUCUUUAUGGACCAUACAACACCAUUAAAUAAAUGAAAUUGAUGAAUAUCACAAAUUCAAUUACUUACUAUUAAGCCAUUAUACCACCCAGAUAACACUUAGAAGAGAAUGACAAAGAUUACAAUAUAACUUAAUAGAUCAAUGGAAAUUAGACUCUUGUUGGACAUUACAAUGAUGAUGACAUCUAUAUUAUUGUUAAGAACAAUCAGUAAAGACAAACAAAUUAUUCUAUUAUUGUUACUCAAUCUACAACAGGCAAUGGUUAACUAUUAUAGGACGGAAUAAUCACAUCUGCAUAUUUGAGCAAGCUGACCCCUACAAUAACAUUCUAUCAUUAAUAAAAAAAUUAAUAAUAACUCUAGCUCUUUGUAAAAGUAAAUCCAUAUGGAAAUUUGAAUAAUUUACCUUUUGAAGAUUAUUUCAAAAUAGAAAUAUCAGAUGAAGCAAAUUCAAGUAAUUUUACAAUAAUCCAUGCUUUUUCAAUUCGUAAUAAUUAAUUAACUUAUAUACUUCCAGUGCUUGAAGGCAUGAUAACAAUAAAAAUGCACAGUUUGUUGGAGAUAUCUUCUAAUGAUUUCAAUCAUGUCGAUUAUUCUUUUAAUCCAAGAGGAGAUAUUAUUCCUAUUCCUAAAUAACCUUAACCUAGACUCUAUUAUUUUUCAAAUAACUAUUUAAAUAGAAUAGACUUAUAGAUCAGCAUAGUUGGAUAGGAUGUUUACAUGAUCAAUCAGAAUUCUAAUUAAAUAGAUAUGAUUGUUGAUUAGAGACCAAAAUACUAUGAAUCAUAUAUAUAAGGGGAUGGGAAAUUGGCAAUUCAAGUUUACAAUUGUCUUGGAGAUUUGAGUGUGUCUAUCACUCAAGAUUAUGAUUAAUUUUUAAAUAAUACUUAUAAUGGAACCAAGACAACUUUGGAAGGACAAUUAACUGACAUUUUAAUGACUGUAAAGCCUGGUCCUAUUUAUUAUUAAUUCUCGUCUAAAAGUAGUGUGUAUAAGUUUACAACUAAAUUGUAUUCUUAAUAAGACAAGAUUCCUUAUGGUUAAUUGAUUUUAGGAGGAGAUGGAUAAAUCAAUUAUUUCUUUGGUACUACUGAUCCAGACAUAAUUACUAUUAAAUUCAAGCCAAUAAAAUGUGUAGGAUGCGAUUUGCAGUAGGAACAUAAUAGUGUUAUUAAAUACUAUGUGAAUUGGGGCAGCAGUGUUGAAUAUUCGCAUAUCAUAGGACUUUGUCAAUAUCAUUCUUAUAAUAAUUUGAAUAAAUUACAGGUGGAGCAUUUUGAUUAGAAGGAUGUUGGCAAUUAUUAUUUGAAUUAAACUGAAGAGAUUUCUUUUAAUAUCACAGUCGAUAAAUAGUCACUACAUAAUUAAUUGUUUAUUUCUAUUAGAGCAUAAGUUUUAUAAUUCAAUAAUGUCCCUGUUGGUGACUAUGAAUUGUAUUAUCAUAUUGCAGAAGUUGGAUUGCCAAAGAAUGCUUUCUAUAUGUAUAAACAUAGAUUCUUUGAAUUUGUGAUUGCUUUGUCUAUUUUGGCAGCGACUACUUUCAGCAUGCUCUGCUGUUUAUGUAUUUUCUAUAGAAAAGCUCGUAAGUUAAAGAAGUAGAAUUUGAAUAUGCAAUUGGAAUAGAGGAUGGAAAGUGCAAAAUAGAAAGAGUAGACAGAAGUGCAAGUGGGAUAUGAUUCUUUUUAGGAUGAGAAUAAUGAAUAGUCAAAUUAAUGA